UAUUCCUUAACCUGUAUUGCAUUUAUUUACUAAAAUUUUGUACUCAAUUCAACGUUAAAGCAUGAUUUAUUUCGCACAUGAAGUUGUUGUUUUUGUGUAUCGCAAAUAAUUAUAUUCAGUAUACGUAUGCAUUGGUAGGCGUUACUUGAAUUUUGCUCAGUUAUUCCCCGUUCGACCGCCGCAUCGCUCGAACCAUUUCUAAAAUGGGCACAGAGCAGAAGGUCCACAGCGUCCCAGUUUCCCUCGUCGGGGAGAUCAACAGCAGCAACCACGAUGCCCUGGUGGUGGUCACCGUGCCCGGGACCCCUCCUCCUCAAGCUUUAGAGGACUUUAUAGCUGCGGCCGUGCAGACCGACAAGGGAUUAGAAAAGAAACCGGGCGUGCUGCACUGCGCUCGUGUGUCCGGCAACCGACUUGUUCUCUCGCCCACUGGACCCCUCACACCGUACGAUGAUGUCAGGUCUGUCUACGAGGCCGCUUUAGCUGGGGUGCGACGCGCGGCUGAGGCCGGUGCUCGCCGGCCCGUGCUGGCCGUGCCGGCGGCCGCCGCCUGGCCGAGGGCUCCGCUUGUGGCCUUGCUCGGAGCCCUGGAGGCGCUCUAUGUGCCCAUCCAAAUCCGAGAGACGUUCCCGUCGCAGGCGCACUCGAUCAAGUCGCUCGGCGUGUACGGCGAGGGUGUUACCAACAUUAACAACGUAAUACGUGAUGCCUGCGCUUUAGAGGCGGCCAGAGGCGUGUCCCGCGACAUCGGCGGGGCGGACCCGGAGCGCAUGACGCCGCUGCGCGUCGCCGAGUACGUGCGCGGCGCCUUCGGCCCCGCCGUGCGCGUGCGCGUCGAGGACGAUCCCCACGAGCUGGCGAAAAACUACCCGCUGUUUGAGGCGGUCAAUAGGGCUGCCAACCAAGUUCCGAGGCACAGAGGUUGUGUAAUAUUCUUGGAUUACGAACCGGAGAGCUACGAGGAGACCGUCAUGUUGGUCGGCAAGGGCGUGACCUACGACACCGGCGGUUGCGAUAUCAAGGCGGGAGGGGUGAUGGCGGGCAUGUCGCGCGACAAGUGCGGCGCGGCCGCCGUCGCGGGCUUCCUCAAGGCUUGCGAACUCCUGAAGCCCAGCCUCCGCGUGUCAGCGGCGCUCUGCAUGGUCCGCAACUCGGUCGGCUCGGAGGCCUACGUGGCCGACGAGCUCAUCAAGUGUCGGCGCGGCCUCGCCGUGCGCGUCGGGAACACCGACGCCGAGGGGAGGAUGGUCAUGGCCGACGUGCUGGAUGAGAUGCGUGAACGAGCGGAGUCAGCGCGGCGGCCGCACGUGUACACGGUGGCCACGCUCACCGGCCACGCCGUGCGCGCCGUCGGGCCCGCCUACACCAUCGUUAUGGACAACCAUGCUGCCAGAGCUAAAGGUCACGCGGAAGCGUUCCGGGCGUCCGGCGAGAGCAUCGCCGACAUGGUGGAGGUGUCCACCAUCCGGCGCGAGGACCUGGCCUUCCACCGCGGCCAGUGCCCCGGCGACCACGUGCACCAGGCCAACAACCAGCCCUCCACGCAGACCAACCGGGGCCACCAGGUACUAACACCAACACUCUUAAUUGUCCAUCGGCGACAUGGUGGAGGUGUCCACCAUCCGGCGCGAGGACCUGGCCUUCCACCGCGGCCAGUGCCCCGGCGACCACGUGCACCAGGCCAACAACCAGCCCUCCACGCAGACCAACCGGGGCCACCAGGGUCCGGCCGGCUUCCUGCUGCUGGUGUCGGGACUGGCGGCCGGCGCGGUGCCGUACUCGCACGUGGACGUGGCGGGCUCGGCCGGCUCCCUCCCCGCGCCGCCCACCGCCGCCCCCCUGCUCGCCCUCGCCGCGCACUACAAGCUGCUCAGCUGCUAAGCUCCCCGUGUCCGCUAGUUGCUAAACUGCCCCCUGGCCACUCUAAUCGGCUGCUAAACUGAUCACUGGUCACCUUCGGGCGUCGACUACGAGCCGGCUCGCUUAUACGUAUGCGAGCUCGGCUGUUAACCGAUCCACUCUGGUUUUUUUUUUUUUUUUUUUUUUCAAUAUAUAGGUCUUUCCUACGAAAUUCACCAAGAAAUCGCGAUAAAAAUUUACUGUCUCGUUAUUUUGAAACGAUCGUUUUGGCUGAUCAAAUGUCGAUGCUUUCUAUAGGAGAGCAGAUUUUUUUGCGAUUUCAGGGUUGUUUCGAACACACAACAUUGCAAAAUUUGACUAAGGCCCACUUGCACCAUUCCACUAACCCGGGGUUAACCGGUUAAAGAUGGAGUUGCCAUAGUUACCAUUACAAUUUGACACUAGGUUGACGGUUUAACCGCUUAACCCCGGGUUAGUGGGAUGGUGCAAGUGGGCCUAAGGGUUCACCCUGUAUAACACAAUAUAAGGCGCUUGCAAAAGUUGUACCAUAAGACACUUUAAAUUUAUAUAUCCAAGCAAAUUUUGAAAUGCGUUGACGCAACUACAGCGUAAACUUUUAAAAAUACCUAAGUUUAACAUAUAAUUAAAAUACAUCUGUCCAGUGAGUAGGUACACCUUGUAUAAGAUGUCAGUUUUUUACACGAUGAACUAAUGCAUAAUAAAGCAUAAUUUCUUAAGAAGUACAAUAUAUCAUAAUAAUGUUCAUGUAUCUUUACCUUUUUUUCUUUUAAUAAAAUUAUACAUUUCAAA